AAAAGAGCAAGAUAUCUGACUUACAAGUGUCUGCUUGGGACACCGCUUCAGCCCUCUGCUGUCCCGGCCUUUAGGGCCUCCAGGACCUUUGAGAUUUUUGUCCCUUUUAUUCAGGGGCCUGCGAGGACCUAACAGGGCUUCUGAAUCCCCCCUCCCAAACACGGAGCAUGACCCGGGACGAGGCUCUCCCUGACUCCCACUCUGCACAGGGCUUCUAUGAGACCUAUGAGCCCAAGGAAAUCCUGGGCAGGGGAGUUAGCAGUGUGGUCCGGCGCUGCAUCCACAAGCCCACAUGCAAGGAAUACGCCGUGAAGAUCAUUGACAUCACAGGCGGAGGCAGCUUCAGCUCCACUGAGGUUCAGGAGCUGCGAGAAGCCACACUGAAGGAGGUGGACAUCCUGCAAAAGGUCUCAGGACAUCCCAACAUCAUACAGCUGAAGGACACAUAUGAGACCAACACCUUCUUCUUCUUGGUGUUUGAUCUGUACCACAGGAUGAAGAGAGGGGAGCUCUUUGACUACCUCACGGAGAAGGUCACCUUGAGCGAGAAGGAAACCAGGAAGAUCAUGAGGGCCCUGCUGGAGGUGAUCAGUACUCUGCACAAACUCAACAUUGUGCAUCGGGAUCUAAAACCUGAGAACAUCCUACUGGAUGAUGACAUGAACAUCAAGCUCACAGACUUCGGUUUUUCCUGUCAGCUGGAGCCAGGAGAGAAGCUUCGAGAGGUCUGUGGGACCCCCAGUUAUCUGGCCCCUGAAAUCAUCCAGUGCUCCAUGAAUGAAGACCAUCCUGGCUAUGGGAAGGAAGUGGAUAUGUGGAGCACGGGCGUCAUCAUGUACACCCUGCUGGCUGGCUCCCCGCCCUUCUGGCACCGGAAGCAGAUGCUCAUGCUGAGAAUGAUCAUGGAUGGCCAGUACCAGUUUGGCUCACCCGAGUGGGAUGACUACUCAGACACCGUGAAGGACUUGGUUUCUCGCUUCCUGGUGGUGCAGCCCCAGGACCGCUGCACGGCUGAAGAGGCCUUGGCACACCCCUUCUUCCAGCAGUAUGUGGUGGAGGAAGUGAGGCACUUCAGCCCCCGGGGGAAGUUCAAGGUGAUCUGUCUGACGGUGCUGGCUUCAGUACGUAUCUACUACCAAUACCGCCGGGUGAAGCCAGUGACGAGGGAGAUCGUCAUCCGAGACCCCUACGCCCUCCGGCCUCUGCGCCGGCUCAUCGACGCCUAUGCUUUCCGAAUCUACGGCCACUGGGUGAAGAAAGGGCAGCAGCAGAACCGGGCCGCCCUCUUUGAGAACACACCCAAGGCCGUGCUACUGUCCUUGGUUGAGGAAGAGGACUACUGA